AUGUUUGCGCGACACGGUGUGGCUACCGCUGCGCGGAAAGCACCAACAAUCGUUGGUAAGCCCUACCCUCGUUAUUGGAAAAACCCUCAAGCCCGACAACUGCAUCUGUCACCAUUGCGUCGAGCUCAAGGAUCGCCGGGUCCUCGAAAUUUCCAUGCCACAUCCUCUCGCAAAGCUCAGCCAGUUUCAGUACAUGCCGUCGACGAUCCGCCGCUUCAGCCCCCUGACUCCUCCAACCCUGCCCUCUCAUUCCCAUGUCUCGAUGCUCAAGAGGCCAAGACAGCUUCACUUUCUAAGCGCUCCCUAUCUUCCGGUCCUGAACCAUCAUAUGUCACCGAAUUUAAUAUAGCUUAUGAGAAUUGGGGACAACUAAACGAGGAUAAAAGCAACGCCAUACUUCUACAUACUGGACUAUCAGCAUCCAGUCAUGCACACAGCACAGAGGCAAAUUCCAAGCCUGGGUGGUGGGAGAGCUUUAUUGGCCCCGGAGCCCCUCUUGACACUAACAAGUAUUUCAUUAUCUGCACAAAUAUCAUAGGGGGCUGCUAUGGCAGUACAGGGCCCAGCUCGCUCGAUCCGGCAGAUGGCCUAAAUUACGCUACGCGAUUUCCAAUUCUGACAAUGGAGGAUAUGGUGCGAGCACAAUUCAGGCUGCUCGAUGCAUUUGGGAUCAAGAAGUUAUAUGCGAGUGUCGGAUCGAGCAUGGGAGGUAUGCAAAGUCUAGCAGCUGGCGUGAUUUUUCCUCAAAGAGUGGGUAAGGUGGUCAGCGUGAGCGGCUGUGCACGAAGUCACCCCUACAGCAUUGCAAUGCGGCAUACGCAGCGUCAAGUACUCAUGAUGGAUCCGAACUGGUCACGAGGGUUUUACUACAAUAGCAUACCGCCGCACGCAGGUAUGAAGCUUGCUCGUGAGAUCGCUACUGUGACAUAUCGAAGCGGACCAGAAUGGGAACAGCGCUUCGGCCGAAGGAGAGCGGACCCGAGCCGACCGCCGGCGCUUUGCCCAGAUUUUUUGAUUGAGACAUAUCUUGAUCACGCUGGAGAGAAGUUUUGUUUGGAGUACGAUGCCAACAGCCUUCUCUACGUCUCCAAGGCAAUGGACCUAUUCGAUCUUGGACGCGAGCAUCAACUGCAGAUGUCUGGCCUCCGACAGCAGAACAACUCAAGGUAUUCUUCCGGAGAGAAGGUCGAAGGAGACGGUCGUUAUUGCAGUCUUGCGCUGCCAGACAAGCCUUAUGAAGAGCAAGCCGCUGAGACGGCUUCCCAGUCUUUCUCCGAACCUGUAGCUUUCACCUCGACGAGACCCCCAGAUGAUCUUGUGGCCGGUCUUGCACCGCUACGCAGUCACCCAACCUUGGUCAUGGGCGUCGCCAGCGAUAUCCUUUUUCCUGCUUGGCAGCAAAGAGAAAUUGCGGAAACGUUGCGAGCGGCCGGUAACCGAUCUGUUACGCACGUUGAGCUAGGGGAGGACACUUCUUUGUUUGGACAUGAUACGUUCUUACUCGAUUUGGAACACAUUGGAGGUAAUAUCAAAUGCUUUUUAGGCUAG